GGGAGGGCGCGGAGGAGCGCGGGAGCGGCGGAGGCGAUCCUGCGAAUUCAUUACUGUAAACAUCUCCCGGGGGUGUCAGGGGGGGUGGGGGUGGGGACCUCGGCGCCUACAUUAGCCCGGUCGCCUUGGAUUGGGGCAGCAGUUUGGGCUGAGCCGCCUUCAAAGCCGGUCGGGGUGGGCGCACUUGGAGCGAGCCCCGCGCCCGCCAGCCCGCCCCCAGCGCAGCCCGCACAGCUCUGCCCGCCGCGCUCAGCCCGCUCCACACUCCGGGGGUCUCCCGGGAGCGCCCCACCUCGCACUCCCGCCGAUCCCCGGUCUCCUCAGUCCUCACCACGAGGCGUCCCAGCUGGGCUUUGCACCGCCUUCCCUUACUCGCCCUACUUCUUUCGGGGUUCGUUGUUGGCUGGACUGAGACGGAGAAGAGGAGACCCAGGCGGAGAGAGAGGAGGCGGGAGCUGCGGCCGCCGGAGCGAGCCAGCGAGCGAGAGAGCGAGCGGAGAGAAAGUGGCAUGCCCCAGCCCUGCAGUCGGAGGUGGCGGAGGACGGGGGGAGACGAUGCCGCGGCUCCGUAGGGGACUUCGGCGAGAGCGAGCGAGGCGAGCGGGGCGCCCGGGCGCCGGCUGGCUGCGGGGAGACGCGCACCGCUCCGAGGCUCCGGCUUCCGCUCCCCUGCGCCCCAACGUUGCUGCUGCUGCAAGCGACCGGGCUUGGCUCCAGCAGCCACCACCAUCGCCGCCGCCGCCGCCACCCCGAGGACCUAACAAAAGUUUGUAUCUCGGGGAAGGCACUACGCUGAGCGGAAUUACCACCGGGGCUGGAAGGAGACCUCCAGAACCUUCUCAGUUGUUUGGAUUUCUCCCAGAGUAUUUGUGGCUGAAAUUCUUUUUGGACUCUGUGCUGCCUUUUUUGCAUGAGCUUUGGACUGGAAUCAAUAGCACGUCAAGAUGCCAGGCACAUUCAGCCCAAUAGCAGAUUGCAGAUUGUGCUUAAGGUGUCUGUAGACGCAUCAACGUGUUCCUGACUUACAACAGAAGCAGCAAGUUCUGUCUAGUCCGUUGCAUUUGUGCAGGCACUGCUGAUAACUCGACAUCACCUGUUGCCUGUGGGGAAAAUUCUGUGUUGAAUUAUUGUUGUGCAAGGAGGAGAACAGCAAGGAGGGUAACACAGACUGAUCAUACCAGAGACAUCAGGAAGAUUCUUCUUCUUGUUCUUUUUUUUGUUUUUUCCUCCCCCGUGUGCCCUCAGUACAUUUCCUCUACCUAGAGUUCUGGACUUUGACAGAACCCUGUCCAGUUGUUUUGAUUUUGCUAUUUUGUUGGUACAUUUUUUUUUAAUUUCCCCAACACAUCGUAUUUUAUUUCUGCACAUCAGAAAUGGGCCUACAGACCACAAAGUGGCCCAGCCAUGGGGCUUUUUUCCUGAAAUCUUGGCUUCUCAUUUCCCUGGGGCUCUACUCACAAGUAUCAAAACUCCUGGCCUGCCCUAGCGUGUGCCGCUGCGACAGGAACUUUGUCUACUGUAAUGAACGAAGCUUGACCUCAGUGCCUCUUGGGAUCCCGGAGGGCGUAACCGUACUCUACCUCCACAACAACCAAAUUAAUAAUGCUGGAUUUCCUGCCGAGCUGCACAACGUACAGUCCGUGCACACCGUCUACCUUUACGGCAACCAACUAGACGAGUUCCCCAUGAACCUUCCCAAGAACGUCAGAGUCCUCCACUUGCAGGAAAACAACAUCCAGACCAUUUCCCGGGUGGCUCUGGCCCAGCUCCUGAAGCUUGAAGAGCUGCAUCUGGAUGAUAACUCCAUCUCCACAGUGGGGGUGGAAGAUGGGGCCUUCCGGGAGGCCAUCAGCCUCAAACUAUUGUUUCUGUCCAAGAACCACCUGAGUAGCGUGCCUGUUGGACUGCCCGUGGACUUGCAAGAGCUGAGGGUGGACGAAAACCGCAUCGCGGUCAUAUCAGACAUAGCCUUCCAGAAUCUCACAAGCUUGGAGCGCCUGAUUGUGGACGGGAACCUCCUGACCAACAAGGGCAUUGCCGAGGGCACCUUCAGUCAUCUCACCAAGCUCAAGGAAUUUUCCAUAGUCCGUAAUUCACUCUCCCGUCCACCUCCAGACCUCCCGGGCAACCAUCUGAUCAAGCUGUACUUGCAGGACAACCAGAUCAAUCACAUCCCCUUGACAGCCUUCUCCAAUCUGCGGAAGCUGGAGCGGCUGGACAUCUCCAACAACCAACUCCGAGUGUUGACUCAAGGGGUCUUUGAUAACCUCUCCAACCUGAAGCAGCUCACUGCUCGGAAUAACCCUUGGUUUUGUGACUGCAGUAUUAAGUGGGUCACGGAAUGGCUCAAAUAUAUCCCUUCCUCGCUCAACGUGCGGGGCUUCAUGUGCCAAGGUCCUGAGCAAGUCCGCGGAAUGGCCGUCAGGGAGUUGAAUAUGAAUCUUUUAUCCUGCCCUACCACCACCCCUGGCCUGCCUCUCUUCACCCCAGCCCCAAGUACACUCGUCCCAACAACUCCACCUCCCACUCUUUCUGUUCCAACCCCUAGUAGAGGAUAUACUCCUCCAGCUCCGACCACGUCGAAACUCCCCACCCUUCCUGACUGGGAUGGUCGAGAAAGAGCAACUCCACCCAUUUCUGAACGGAUCCAACUUUCUAUCCAUUUUGUAAAUGAUACUUCCAUUCAAGUCAGCUGGCUCUCGCUCUUUACUGUGAUGGCGUAUAAACUCACCUGGGUGAAAAUGGGUCACAGUCUUGUAGGGGGCAUUGUUCAGGAACGCAUAGUGAGUGGUGAGAAGCAACACCUGAGCCUGGUGAAUUUGGAGCCCCGAUCCACCUAUCGGAUUUGCUUAGUGCCCCUGGAUGCUUUUAACUACCGCACGGUGGAAGAUACCAUCUGCUCGGAGGCCACCACCCUCGCCUCCUAUUUGAACAAUGGCAGCAACACUGCAUCCAGCCACGAGCAGACGACUUCUCACAGCAUGGGCUCCCCUUUUCUGCUGGCUGGCUUGAUUGGGGGCGCAGUGAUAUUUGUGCUUGUGGUCUUGCUCAGUGUUUUUUGCUGGCACAUGCACAAAAAGGGGCGCUACACCUCCCAGAAGUGGAAAUACAACCGGGGUCGGCGGAAAGAUGACUACUGUGAGGCAGGCACCAAGAAGGACAACUCGAUCCUGGAGAUGACAGAAACCAGCUUUCAGAUCGUCUCCUUAAACAACGAUCAGCUCCUUAAAGGAGAUUUCAGACUGCAGCCCAUUUACACCCCAAAUGGGGGCAUUAAUUACACAGACUGUCAUAUCCCCAACAACAUGAGAUACUGCAACAGCAGCGUGCCAGAUCUGGAGCACUGCCAUACAUAACAACCCAGAGGCCCACCGUCAGAGUGGCAGACACCCAAACUCUGGGGAACACACAUGUGUAUGCACAUACAAGACACACAAUUUACAUUUGAUAAAUGUUACCCAGAUGCAUUUGUGCAUUUGAAUACUCUGUAAUUUAUACGGUGUACUAUAUAAUGGGAUUUAAAAGGAAAAAAAAGUGCUAUCUUUUCUAUUUCAAGUUAAUUACAAACAGUUUUGUAACUCUUUGCUUUUUAAAAUCUUAAAAAAUAAUCAUUGCUGAAGUACUGUACAGGGUUGUACAAUGAGAACUCAAAGCCAAGGCAGAAGAGUGAAUAAUUCCUCCUUAGGAUGCACAUUAAACACUUUGCUAUUUGGAGCCGUCAGAAUUCCCUUCCUAGAUCUGAUGGUAAAAUGAAAGGUUAGAUUCAAGUGGACUCAUCUAGGUACAGGGGAUAAUAUGGCUAAAGCAAGAACAAGCCCAGGUAUUUUAUUCUAUUUCUAUAUUUCCUGGGCUGGAAGAAAAGUGAAAACGUCUAUAUUACAAGACUGGAGGGAAGUUAGAGCAUCAGGAGGAAGUGAGAUCCCAGGAGAUGUUAACCCACCCUGACAGAAUUAAGCAAUUGGAGAGGUGAUUUGAAAACAUCAGAAACCCUAGGGGUUGACUUUCUGACUGGAAACUUCAAAAUCACUCUUCUUGCUUCCUUGGCCCUAUGUGAUAAGAGAUAGAGUCCUGGGUCUGAUUUCAAUCAUCAGACGACCAGUAUAUAAUCAGUCUUAGAGAGAAGACUCCCUUAAAAAGUGUCACUAAUUCAAAUCAUAUGUCAGGUUGAACCACAUUCAACAGAGAUAUAUUCUAGAAUAAUUUUUUAGAAGAGGCUAAUAAAAUAAUGGGAAGAACUAUAUUGAAUGGAAUUAUUUUUGAUAAUAAGAAUUAUUUGGGUAGUUUCACUGAGGCUAUAUCAACAUGAUAUUUAGAACAACAAGGAAACAAUAUUUGGAAUAUAUCAAAGUGACUUGUUUAUUUAAAAAUUACUGAUAUUAUUUAGGUAAAAAAAAACUGGUCAGUAGUUCUGUUGUACUAGGUCAACUGAUUUUGUUAAUAUCAUGUUGAAAUAGCUUGAAUUAAUACCUGUAUCCCCACUCAAAUUCUUGUCUUCCAAUCAUCUUCCAUGUAUUUUUGUAAUUAAGUUAUAUAUGCCGACUUUAUUUUCUCCCUCUGCUCAGUGUUUCAAAGAAAGAUGUGGGUGCCAGUUUCGGUUUCACAAAAUAUCCAUAUAUUUUCUCACUCUUGAGAAUUCUGUUAAGUAUGUAUCAAAUCUGGCCAUAGAAAAUGCAAAAAUUAUUUUAAAGGAAUACUCAGUUUCCACCUUGGACUGAAUUUGACACUAUUCCACAUUUGAAAUUUCAUUUGUUCCUUUUCAAUUGUGGGUGUUCUUCUAAUUUGGGAAUUGUGGAGAGAAAUUGGAUCAUCAAUGAAAAACAAAUAAGUCAUAGAAUGGAGGUUUUCCCCUAAUUGUCACAGAACAAAGUAAAUAGCAGAGGGCAUAGAAAAAAAAGGAUGUCUGUGCUUAAUUCUAGAUAUUUUUGAAGUAACUACAUCUUCAGAAAACACAUACAAUUUACUCUAAUUCUCGCCAUCUCUUAGAUGUAGAAGGGCUAUAGAUCAUAUACAUUUUCUAAAAAAACUAAAACAACAAAAUCCCACACUACUGGAAAAUUAUAUUUCAAAGUCCUAUUUAGGCAUUUAACUCUGUGAUAUGUAUUUCCUUUAUGGUUGACCAUUAUUUUAAAGAAUCAUAAAGUGUCACAAUCCUCUUGCUUUCUCCUUCUCUAAGCAAAAUAAAACUGUGACAUGUCUUUUUUUUUGUAAAAGUUUAGGUAUAAAAUGCUAUGCAAGUUUUUCCUUAUAGUAAGAGCUUUAUUUUCUUUAAUAAUAGACCCCCAAAUUUCAUGUUUUAAUCUCCCUCAUCCCUCAGAGCAAUCAGAAGAAGCUAUAAAUAUGGUAGACACAAGAACUGAAAUGGUGCAGUCAGUAGAGCUGAGCUUAGCUAUGAAGUAAUUUAAUUCUAAAGUGACUUUGGUUUUCAUUAUAGUCUGUUAGCUUGGGGGAGGGGCAUUAGGCUAGAUAGACAUAGUAAAGGGAUAAGACAAUCUCAGAAGGAUUUCUAUCAGUAAGCCAUCUAAAAAUCAUUGACAUGGGGUACUUAGUCAACAAUGCCCUUUCUCUCUCCUCUUCCUAGGCUAUGUAGAUAAAACUGUUGAAAUGAAGGUACUUUGGAUUCUGAGGGACUUUUAUUUCUGUUAUACACAAAAUAAUCAUUCUCAUUUAUUUGUAUUGUAUUUUUUUUCUCCCAGUGGGAUUUCUGGCUGCUGAAACUUCUUUGUUUUGUUCCAGGAAGAGUAAGAAUGGAGAGGUUCCUAGAAUAGCAUGUAACAUUCCCCAAAGGAUUGGGGGUUUCAGUGGCACAAUGGGGAAAUCAUAUGAAAUGAUUCGGAUGUUCUCAAGGCAUUCUUCUGUCCAAAAAUGCUCCUGAAAGAGAUAGGCUUUAUUUUGAUUUCAUGCACAACAUGAUGGAGAAGUCUACCAUUACAAUCAGUCUCCCAUUUGUAAUAACUAGCCUGGGCUUCUCACCUUGCUCAGGAGAGAAAGCACACUGAGGAAUCUGUAGUGUCAGAGGCAUAUGUUGGAAACUGCUGAACCUCUGUUGGCUUCUGCUUUGACUGGCAUUUUUAAUUAUGGCAGUGGUUUACAGAACUAUCCACCCCAUCAUGGGGCCUCUCUUACCAACUACAUAAUACAUCUCAAAGUAGUUAGUCAGGAGUCAAGGCUGCAGGUGCAGGCCAAAGACCACAGAGAAAAGCCCAUGUUCACUGACUUAUAAGAAGUGUCACACUGACCAGCGGAAAUUAUCUCAGAUAGUAACCAAGCCUUAUCACAGCACAGUACCUGUCAGUGUACAGGGAGCAUUCCAGAAGGAAAAGGCAUAGGCAUAGUCAAACAGAUAGUAAUGACAGUGAUUCUUACCAAGAGUAUUCAAUAAUACUUCCUUUAGUGGAGACAUGUGUUUGAUCAGGGAGAGCCCUGGGCUUCUCUCAAACACUGUCAAAUGCAUUUCAGCAUAUUCUGUAGGACAGUCACAGGCAGAGAUGAGAAGAGGAUGUCCCUGCCUAUUUUCUUUGUGCAACAAGUGGAAAACUUUCUCCUUAGAGAGAAAUAAUGCAAUGUAUAAGUAUCCAGGUGUUGUGGAAACUAUAUUAGAUGUUUCUCCUGAAGUUACAAACAAAAAAAUAUAAUGUGACCCAUCCAGUUUUAAAAUAUAAAUAUGUAUUAAUGAAGUAGCUACUAUUAUACCUCCAUUUCCUAUUCACGUGGAUCAUAAUGGUCAUCAUCAUUUCACACAAGUCACUCUGCUGGACAAGACAAGUUGUUCAUGUUGGGGGGCAAAGGCAUUUAUUCAAAUUACAAACCAACAUUGUAGUCCUAUAGAGCAAGUAGCAGCCAUAGCAUCCACUACAGCUUUUGGGAGUCUAGGGUGACUUUCCAUUGAUGUCUCUGCUUAUGACAUUUUUUCACUAACCUAUAAUAUACUUUUUAGAACAUAGAAACAACACAUUCACCCAUAACUUUUUCAGAUGCACGAUAAAAAUAAACAAAGCAGAAAAGAGCACCCAAAAGAGAAAAAAUACGUACAAAAAACAAUUCCCAGUUUCCUGGUCUUGUCAAACCUUGCCUGAUGCUCUUUUCUUAAGUCAAAACACUAAUAACAGGAAGCAGUCACAUACAUCUCUCUCUGCUAUCUUUGCAGGAUUGAAUGACAAUCACUGGGAAUGAAGGUUGCUAUUAAGUGUGGGGAAAAUGAUUUGUACACAUAAGAUACAUUUAACUUUUGUUAUUUCUGUUGUUUGGUUUUAUAGCUACACACUCCACUAGAAAGAGCACAAGCAAGGCCAGUGCAACAAGCAUUGAAUAAAAAAAAUCCAUAUGAAACAUGUACAUGUGUGCAUACACAGGUAGAUGAGAUGUUUGUAAGGAUUCUGUGAGAUGAAAGAUUUGUAAUUGGGUUAGUCUCCUAGGGUUUCUCGAAGCCUUAAUUGAAGCAAUAUAAGGACUCCCCACUGAGUGUUCCUGCAGGACUGAUAUAGAUAGAUAGAUAUAUAUAAAUAUAUAUAUACUCACAGAAAAUUCAUUCGGAUGAUUUGUCAUGGCUUGGAUCUUAUUGAUUUACUUCUGGGUUGUGUUCAGCAUUUCCUCUCCAACAAGGGGGCUACAAGAGGCUGGAAGAUUGUGUACCACACAUUCUCUGAGACAUCCCACGUCGCACACUUUGUUAACUUCAAACUUCACUCUACACUAUACAGUACCUUGUUGAUAUAUUCAGUAAAGGCUUAUUUUAAAAGGAAA